AUGUCUGAGUUUAUAAACGAAGCUCCUACUGUUCUGGAUGAUUCCCAGCUUCCCACGCGUUUUGAAGACUCCUGCGAUGUCUUGAACUCUCAUGUUAGUAAGAUUACGUUGGCAAGGAAGAAACAGCUACAAACGUUCGGUACGGCGAACUCACAGGCGAUACAAGAUUUAGAACUGCUGGAUAGGCUCAUUUCUAUCACAUCGCCGCCAGAUUCCAAAGUCCCAGACCUGACUUCCGACAUUGAUACGCUAGACUCUGAAAGUAUAAAAGACUCUGCAGAAGCUGCCGACCCCGUGGAUUCUCAGGAAAUAUAUGAUUUGAUUGCACACAUUAGUGAUCCAGAGCACCCACUGAGCUUGGGACAACUUGCAGUUGUGAAUCUACCAGAUAUUGAGGUAUUUGAUGAUGGAAACCCAGGCACUAUUGCUGAGGUUCUAGUGAAAAUAACACCUACUAUUGCGCACUGUUCCCUAGCUACGUUAAUUGGUCUUGGUAUAAGAGUAAGAUUAGAGAGAAGUCUAAUGCCCCGGUAUCGGGUUACAAUUCUACUGAAGGAAGGCAGUCAUCAGAGCGAAAAUCAGGUUAACAAGCAGCUCAAUGACAAGGAGCGUGUAGCAGCCGCUUGUGAAAACGAGCAGCUGGUAGAAGUUGUUUCUAAGAUGUUAAGCACCUGCAGGUAA